AGUUUUCACGCUUCAGAUCCUAUUCUCUCUCUCUAUCUCUCUGUGGAAGUCUCAUGGUCGCCGAUCGGUGAAAAUUUUCCUGGCGAAGGUGGCGAUGACCAUGGUCCGCGAUCUAUCUUUAUUUCUCUUCAAGGGUUUGUCCUGAUUAUUCCUCUGAUGAGUCCAGUUUAUCUUCUUCUUUCUCUCUAUUCAUUCUCUGUCGUCUGCUUUUCUAGGAAAAAAAGAUUGAAACUUGUUGCAAUUUAGCCCAAUAGGGCUGCAUCUCCACUCUCAAAAUUUACUUGUUUUGUGGGAGCAAUAACACAUUAUUGUUGAAAUAUUGUUCCUGAAAGUUUUCAUGAAUUUAUCCAUUUCUCUUUUAGUUACUGAAAUUGGGGUUUACUAAGUCUGUGUUCUUUGCAAUCUGUGUGUUCAAUGGGUUUUGAUUGUCAAAAUUUGGCUUUGGGUGAGAAAAUACAUUAGUGUCAUUGAUUGCAAGAGUGAUUUACUGGGUACAUAAUCUAAACAUGGUGUGUUUGAUAGCUUUUUGUAAUCUAAAAAUUGUGUUUUUUUAUAUCAUUGAUAAGAAGGCUAUUAGGAAACGAAGGAUUUCAAACACAAUAGUGAGUAUGUAAUCGGUUAUCUUUGGUUGUGGUCUAAGAGGUUUCAUUUUGUAAAUUUAGUAGAAAUGAUGCUAGAUAGAUGUAUGUUAUUCUUCUUCUAUAAUCCACAAUUUAAGCUUAAUUUUUUUAUGUCUUUGCUUGCAGUGGCAUACCCAGAAAUUUUGUCAAGGGGGUACUACGGUUGAAAGGUUCAAGGGACUAAGGUUGAAGGUAAUAUUAUUUAGAUUUUGGAGGGACUAAGGUUGAUGGUAAUAUUAUUUACAUUUUGGAAACGGUUGAAAGGUUCAAGGGACUAAAGCUGAAGGUAAUAUUAUUUAGAUUUUGGAGGGACUAAGGUUGAUGGUAAUAUUAUUUAGAUUUUGGAGGGACUAAGGUCAAACUAUCAGGAUUGUGCAGGGGCUACUAAUGUUACUUCUUUUGUAAAUACCAAAAAAUGCUUUGGGUUAGGGUAAAUAUUGUCAAAUUUCGUGCCACCCUUGGUUCUGCCAUAUAUGAAUGAUUCACUGGUUACUUAAUCUAAAACUCCCAUAUUUGAUAGUAUUGAUAGUGAGGCUCUUUGAAACAAUUUCAACACAAGAGUAUCUUUAUAUUCCAUUAACCUUUAUUUGUUGUAUGAAAGGUUUAAUUUUGGAGAUUUAUUAGAAAUAGGUGGUAGAUGGAUGUUUGUUAUUUAUCUUGUAUAAUUCGCAAUUUAAGCUUUAAUUUCUGAAUGACUACCCUUGCUGGGGUGGACUCUGAAAUUUUGCAUAGCGUUAGUGUUAAUACCUAAAAUUUCCUACCACCCCUUGGUUCCGCCAUUGUAUCCUUGUAAUUUGUUCUUAAUUCUUGAAUCACUACCCACCUUAUAAAAAUUUCUGGAUCAGUUACCAUGACACAAGCAGGGGCGGAUCCAUCUGUCUAGUGUGGUCAAAAUUUUACGAUGAAGAAAUGGCGAAUGACAGAGGGUGGUCACAAGAGACGGAUAGGGAGAGAGAGAUGAGAAGUAAUUUGAAGGGAAUAAAGAGGCAGAAGAGAGUGAACCCUAUUUAAGAGUAAAAAUGUUCUCCAAGCUCCAACUCAUCGUCUGAAACCCUCUAUUUGAGAGGAUCAAUUUCAUCCUACAGAUAGAGGAUGGAUGAAGUUUUAGAGGACUGCUUUAUCUUACUAUUCAAUUCUCCAAAUUCCUACUUUAUCCGCACGAAAGAGUCUACCUAUGAUGACGUGGUAACUCUUGUAAAGUUUCAUUUGAAGGGAUGACUCAUCAUUCUCAGAGAAAACAAAUUCCUCUCCAAACUCAUCUGCAAUAGUCUUUGCCUGCUUUAACUGGGACCUUAUGGGACAGAUAGAGAGAGAUAUAGCUACGAUCCAGAAGUAGAGGAAAUUGUUGAUUGGAAGUUCGUAAUAGAUCAAUCACAUUAGUUGAAAAGAAAUGGAUGGGACAAUCGAAGGCAUUGAUUGGACAUCGCAGUUGCCAGAAGAAUCCCUCCAUCAAAUACUAUCUUGCCUCUUCACAAAGGAAGCGGCUAGAACUAGUGUUUUGUCCAAGACAUGGCUACGAGCUUGGUCUACGUAUCCCAACUUGGAUUUUGUCGAAAGCUACUUCAUGAAAGAAUCCCUUUCUAAGUGUUCGGAUGCAGAUUUAAAAGGGAAAGAUGAUCCAAAGAUUCGGGAAACGAAAGAGAAGUUCUUGCACUAUGUGGACAAAACCAUGCUAAGAUAUCACAAGGAGAGGACACCAAUCAACAAAUUCAGGCUUCAUAUAACCAGUGUCUAUCCAACAUGGGCUUCUAUUAUUGACAAGUGGAUUGAAAUUCUGGUUCAAAAACACGUCGAUGAGCUAGAACUCCAUUUAUCAGAUUACGCUUUCCUUGGGUCUUUAUUAAAGAAGCACCCAUGUAAUGGAAUCAUCAAGUGUUACCCCUUGCAAAUGCUUGGUCUCAAGAAAGUCUGUAUCAAUGAAGAGGAGAUUCAAGACAUAUUCUCUAGAUGCCCUUUAAUUAAGGAAUUGGGUCUUAUUGACUGUCGUGGGUUGAAAAAGUUGCAUGUGGCUAAUCUUCAUAAUCUGAAGAUAGUUCAUGUCAAGAAUAUUGACGAAGUAGAGAUCAGGGCAGCACCAAAUCUUGAAUCUUUCAACUAUGUUGUUACCAAUGGUCUCCCUUGGAUGUUCAACAUUGAUUCAUCUCCACAUCUUAAAGAUCUUAUGCUUAUGGGAUUGGGCAUCACUGACAGAUUUUUCCACGAUCUUAUCGCUAGAUUUCCUUUGCUCGAGAAGUUAGAACUGAGGUUUUGUCAUGAGAUAAAAAGGAUCAACAUAUCAAGUCGUAUUCUCAAGAGCUUUGUUCUGAGGUAUUGUCGGAAGUUGGUGGAGGCAAAGAUUGAUGCUCCAAAUCUACUUUCAGUUAAGUACGAUAUAAUGCCCUCUUUAUCUAUUACUACUACCACUUCUCCCCAGAAAUGGGAGCCCAUUGAUAAUUUUCUUGGAGGUAUAACUGGUCUUUCGUCUUUCAUUUGGUUGAGAGAGUUUAUCAUGAGUUUUAAUCAGUCGGUAACUUUGGGAUUUAAUGUGUUUGACUGGCCUGAAAAGAAGAGGUUGAAGUAUGUAGACUUGAAAAGAAUGCCUCUCAUUGAUCAGGUACCUGUAAUAGAGCAUUUGAAGCUGAGCGUAUUUUCUGAUUUAAGGUUGUGUUAUGAAUCUCUUGUGGAUAGCUUGUUCUGGAGUUGUCAUCCUAGGAAGCUGUCUAUAGUGUCAAUUAAGUUAAACAAAACAUUGAUAGAGAAACUGUGUGAGAUGCUGAUGGAGAGAGAAGAUGAUCCUUGCUGCUGCAGUUCUAGUGAUAGCAAAUGCUGGCGACAUCAUUUGAAAAAUGUGGAGAUUGGGCGCUUUGAACUGAAGAAUAAAGUUGAGAGACCUCUUCACUUGAAAAGUUCAUCAGAUUUAUUUCCUUCUCUUGGAGAACACCAGGGGGUUUAUUUUAAAUUAAAGUGGUGAGUUGGAAUGGAGCUCAGCUUUUGGACACUUUGAGGUGUUGAUCAAGAUUGAGGAAAAUGAAAGUGAUCGAGCGGGAUCGCAGCGGAAUAAAUUAUGCUUAAAGAAAAGAAAAAAUUGUGUUUGUAUCAUGAUUAGUAGUCGGGUAGAAUAAGAUAUUUCUUGCUUGGUUAUCAAAAGAAAAGGUAGAACAUGAUUUCUUCUAUCUGUGUUUGGUGAAAUGAUAGAAGAGAGACGAUGCUUCAACUUUCAUUUUGAAUUAAGCAGUGAUUUGAUACAGUAAUAUUUUUAUUUUUAUUUUUAGGUAACUACUGUAAUAUAAUUGGCAUGAUGUCUUUCGUGAGUCCCUUGAGUUUAAAAUUAAUUGUGUCUGAAUCAUGGAACUGUUACAGGAAAUAAGGUUCAUUUAGCUGCUUUA